UACACGCUAGCAAAGCUGCAGCGCAAAAAGAAAAUUAAAUUAAAAAUAAAAAAGAAAACAGAGAUGUUGAAACUUGAAAGUAAAGUCGUUGGUAGGAUCAUCAUCUCUUUGAGUUGCCAUUGAAGAAGAAGCUCAGAUCGGAAAAAUUCACCUCUCCAAUCCCAAUCCCAUCGUUGCAAAUGAUCCGAUUCAUUCUGUUGCAGAACAGGCAGGGCAAGACCCGUCUUGCCAAAUACUACGUUCCUCUCGAGGACUCCGAGAAGCACAAGGUCGAAUACGAGGUUCAUCGGCUCGUCGUAAACAGAGACCCUAAAUACACAAAUUUCGUCGAGUUUCGUACGCACAAGAUAAUAUACAGGCGAUAUGCUGGGUUAUUUUUCUCACUCUGUGUUGAUAUCACUGAUAAUGAGUUGGCGUAUUUAGAGUGCAUCCAUUUGUUUGUGGAAAUAUUGGAUCACUUCUUCAGCAAUGUCUGUGAGCUCGAUUUGGUUUUUAACUUCCACAAGGUCUAUCUUAUACUUGAUGAAUUCAUUCUAGCGGGUGAACUGCAAGAAACAAGCAAGAAGGCUAUCAUUGAGAGAAUGGGGGAACUUGAAAAACUAGAAUGAAAAAUUACUUUUCAGCAGUCAUAUCAAUUUGGAGAUUUCGAUGACUUACUCAUGCCCUUGGCUUAAUUCUUGUAUUUCAAUUGUGAUACAGAAUUUUGAAAAUCUUUUCCGUUGAGCCAUGUAUUCAAUGCCCUUUACCUUCGCUUCUUAUUCGGCUUAUGUUUAUAUUUGUAAGACAUUUAUAAAAUCAGGGUUUUCAGUAGCCUUUCUGUUACUGUCUCUGUUUUGUUUCACUUUUUAUAAAUUUAUUUGCUCUUCUUGGUUGUUAGUAAAACACUUAA